CACUUGUUGUCAUUGUCUAUCCCUUUUCACAUGAAAAAUGUUUUCUUUAUACAAGUGACAUUGGGAUACGAGGUGAUAACUGUUACCGUUAAUUUUACCACCUGAACCAUUCAGAUCUAUCUGACACUCUAGGAUCUAUCUAACACUCUAUGAUCGUGUGACCAACCUCAGAGGAUUUAGAUCUUCAAAUAGAUACAUCUCCACUUCGCAAUUAAUGUCAAAUAAAGGUUCCUAUACCAACUGAAAAAUGAAACACAAAUAAAUUUGGCAUUUUCAUAAUAUCCAUCUUCCUCGCCCUUCCUUAAUCCUGAUCAUCAUCAUCAUCAUCAUCAUCAUCAUCAUCAUCGUCUUGUCUCUCUGCUCCUGUUCAAAUUAUGUUUGGUUAUUAUAGGGAUUGGCAUGAUCAACGGGUGGUGCUAGUCUAUUCUCAAUAAAGGAAAUUACAGAAUUAUGAUGGAUUGUUUGCCGGACCAGUUAGUAUGGGAGAUCUUGAGCAGGGUUAAGAAAACCACUGAUAGAAACUCUUUGUCUUUGGUGUGUAAACGCCUGCACGGAUUGGAUAAUGAACAGAGACAAUCUCUUCGGGUUGGUUGUGGAUUAGACCCUGCAAAUGAAGCUUUGACUUCUCUCUGCAGUAGGUUUUCCAACUUGACAAAGGUAGAGAUAACUUACGCUGGUUGGAUGUCCAAACUAGGAAAGCAGUUGGAUGACGAAGGGCUUCUUAUUCUUUCCAAUUGCUGCCCUUCUAUGGUUGAUCUCACAUUAAGCUACUGCACGUUCAUCACUGAUUUGGGCCUUGGUAACUUGUCUUCUUGCUCAAAACUUUCAGCUUUGAAGUUGAAUUUCACAACAAGAAUUACUGGCUGUGGCAUAUUAUCUCUUGUUGCGGGCUGCAAAGUUCUCACUAUCCUCCACCUUGUACGAUGUCUAAAUGUUAGCAGUUUUGAGUGGCUUGAAUAUCUUGGAAAGCUUGAAACACUUGAAGAUCUCUCAAUUAAGAAUUGUAGAGCUAUUGGGGAGGGUGAUUUGAUUAAGCUAGGUUCUAGUUGGAAAAAACUAAAAUGCUUGCAAUUUGAGGUAGAUGUGAAUUACAGAUAUAUGAAAGUUUAUGAUCGUUCAGCUGUGGAUCGCUGGCAAAAGCAGUGGGUCGCAUGUGAGAACAUGGUGGAACUUAGCUUGGUAAAUUGUAUCAUCAGCCCUGGGAGGGGGCUUGCUUGUGUGCUGGGGAAGUGCAAGAAUUUGGAGAAGAUUCACUUGGACAAGUGUGUUGGGGUAAGGGACUCUGACAUCAUAGGCUUAGCCCAAAAAUCAAAAAAUCUCCGCUCCAUUUUCCUUCGAGUUCCAUCAGAUUUCUCACUUCCUCUUCUGAUGAAUAAUCCACUGAGAUUAACCGAUGAAUGUCUAAAAGCUGUGGCUCAGAACUGUUCGGUGCUUGAAUCUGUCAGGAUAUCGUAUUCUGAUGGGGAUUUCCCUUCAUUUUCCUCAUUUACAUUGGAUGGAAUCCUUAGUUUGAUUCAGAAGUGCCCUUUGCGGGAACUUGCUUUUGACCAAGUGUAUUCCUUUAACGAUGUUGGAAUGGAAGCUCUUUGCUUGGCUCAGUAUCUUGAGACCUUGGAGCUGGUCAGAUGCCAAGAGAUAAGCGACGAGGGGCUGCAGCUUGUGGGGCAGUUUCCCCGGUUGUCCAUUCUGCGUUUAAUCAAGUGUUUAGGGGUUUCUGAUGAUGGGUUAAAGCCACUUGUAGGGUCAUACAAAUUGGAAUUGUUGGCUGUGGAAGAUUGUCCUCAAAUUUCUGAAAGAGGAGUUCUGGGAGCUGCAAAGUCUGUAUCUUUCAGACAAGACUUGUCAUGGCUGUACUGAAAACUUGUGACUGGAUCAGGUAAAAGCAGUAUCAAGGGCUUGUUUGGUUUCUGCAGCUUUUCAUUUAUCCAGUUGUUGUAUUAGGUUUAGAUGGCUUACUGUAAGUAAACUAUUGUGUUGUGAAUGUUCUUUUUUUAAAUUUAAUUCAAUGAUCUGUAAGAAUAAAUAAUUAUAUUGAUUUAUUUGCCUUCACUGAUGACCACAUAAUGAAAUGGCAAUUGUGAGAUUCA